GAUGCCUUCUUGAGCCUGCUUGUGGCCACCCACAGACACUUGUAAGGAGGAGAGAAAUCAGCUUGGGAGAGGCACUCUGAAAUGAGGGAUUAGAGGCCCGGAUCCAAGGAGCAAGCACUGCAGCCUGAAGGCAAGGGAGCAGGGCCCGACGACGCCCCCACUGCCGAGAGGUCCACAAUGGCCUCCCUUGGCCUCCAACUCGUAGGCUACGUCCUGGGCCUCCUGGGGUUGUUGGGCACCCUGGUGGCCAUGCUACUUCCCAGCUGGCGAACAAGCUCCUAUGUCGGUACGAGCAUCGUGACAGCCGUCGGAUUCUCCAAGGGCCUCUGGAUGGAGUGUGCCACGCACAGCACAGGCAUCACACAGUGCGACAUCUACAGCACCCUCCUAGGCCUGCCCGCUGACAUCCAGGCUGCCCAGGCCAUGAUGGUGACAUCCAGUGCGCUCUCUUCUUUGGCCUGCAUAGUCUCUGUGGUGGGCAUGAGAUGCACAGUCUUCUGCCAGGACUCCCGAGCCAAGGACAGGUUGGCUGUGGUGGGCGGAGUCUUCUUCAUCCUCGGAGGCCUCCUGGGCUUCAUUCCUGUUGCCUGGAAUCUUCAUGGGAUCCUGCGGGACUUCUACUCCCCACUGGUACCUGACAGCAUGAAAUUUGAGAUCGGAGAGGCUCUUUACCUGGGCAUUAUUUCCUCCCUGUUCUCCCUGGUAGCUGGAAUCAUCCUCUGCUUUUCCUGCCCAUUCCAGGGAAAUCGUUCCAACUACUAUGAUUCCUACCAGGCCCAGCCCCUCGCAACUAGGAGCUCCCCAAGGGCCAGCCAACCGCCCAAAGUCAAGAGUGAGUUUAACUCCUACAGCCUGACAGGGUAUGUGUGAAGAACCAGGGGCCAGAGCUGGGGGCGGGUGGCUGGGUCUGUGAAAACCAGCGGACAGUGCCCCCCCACCCAGGGCCACAGGUGAGGGACACUGGCACUGGGUCAUGUCAGAAGGAUAGACUGACUUUGGCCGCUGGAUCAAGCGAAGGCAGAAACGGGAACUGGUGUGACAGCUUGCAGGCUGGAUUGUCAAGAUGCUUGCAAGCCAGCCUUUCUGUUCCCUUCAACUUGCCCACGGCCCUGCCACCUCCCCCGAUCCCCACCCCGGCCUGAGUCCCCAACCCUCAACUCCAAACUCCACCCCUAGCCUAGGCCAUACCACAGAGUCUCCCCUCUGCCUUUCAGGUGACCUGCGAAUCCACCCCCAAACCCACUCAUUAAUUACAUCCCACUGACUAACCGUUUCUGUGAUCAAAGACCCUCCCUCUGGCUCAGGUUGGCUCUGAGCUCAUUGCUGGGGGGUGGCGGGGAGGAGGACUGGUGGUUUUUAUGGGCACGGCUCUCACCAAUUUCCCAAACUUCUCUCCGAAGAAACUGUUUGGCCAGUAAUGGAGCCCAGCGCCUCCAUCCCAUUGUUGUUAUGACUCCACAGUGUUCAGACUGGUUUGUGCGUGGACUGAAAUAAAACCACCCUGUGGUACCGAGGGAGCAGAGAGCAACUGGGUACAGGAUGAGAGGGAGGGAAGGCAGUCAAGGACCCAAAAAAGACCUGACUCACUGCCCAGGGCAUUUCCCGGAAUUCCCUCCCACUGUGGGCUGGGGAUCUAGCCCCCCUCCCACUAGGGGAAAUCACAAAGAAAGAAGAUAUGGUGGAAAGCUCAAGGCAGCAGCGGACGCUGAUUCCGCUGAGGAAUUGCCUCCAAGCUGCAGCCCCAACUUUCACUGAACCUCCUGCCUCCCUCUGACCUGGCCUCCUGCUAAGAAACAAGGCUACGGGUCUCCUGAGUCCUGCAUGGUGGUUUCCUUAGGAGGGGGAACAUGUCCUUUUUCGAGAUGGCUCUUGGCUGGGGAAUGACAGCGUGGGAGGCUUGGGGUUCCAAAGAAGAGACCGCUCCUUGAUGCUGCCCCAGAAAGAAGAACAACUUUGGUCUCUAAGAAGCUGGGGGGAGGGCAUGUGAGGUGGCUCCAGUGGGAGUUUCUAUCAAGCCAGAGAGAGGCGGCUUCCCCAGGGAGUCUGCAAGCCUAAUAGAAAAUCAGCCCGAAGUCUGAGAUCCAUUCCCAGGGGUCUCCCCACAGAGCGCCAGAGAGCCUCUGAAAGACAACAGCCCCCCAGGUCCCCCACCUCCGUCACCCUUCAGAAGGGCCCGCCAUCCAUCACCAGACAUCUCAGAGUUGCCAGAACGCAUCUGAGGGCUUUGGCAUGGAAUGCCCAAGGAGCUGUGGCCCCGAUCUGAGCGAAAGAUGAGCUGCUGCCUGGGAUUUCAGUUGGGGAGGGACUGAGGAGAACGUCUUCCAGGCAGACACUUCCACCUCCAAGGUGUGGAAACGCUCCAUUUCCCCUGGGGUGGGGGUGGGAGUCACAGAUAGACCAAAGGCCUAUUCCCUCACCACCGCCCUACAAGUACACCCGGCUUCAGACGAACUCCAGUACACCUUCCCAAACCUCAGUACCAGCAGAAGGGGCUCACUCGUCUCUAACAUGCCUCUCGCCUCUCCACCUUCUUGCUUAUGAUUAAGCUCUUCUCCCAAGCUGGAAGGCCCUGUCCCCUUAGCCGAGUCCUCCUUUUGUCUGGAGAACUUGUUCAGCACCAACUCCUACACUGAGUCUCCUCUGACCACUCCGUCCCUCUCCUGCCCUCCCUCCUCCACCCCCUCAGCAUAUAAUUAUUGCUUCUUUAAAGCUUGUAAUUCACAAUUUUUGAUGGAUAGCUAUCUUUUCGUGUGUGCCUAUCUGAUUUCACAAAUACGUUAUAAACUCUUGGAGGAUAGGGGCCAUACCCAAGACCUCUCUGUAUCCCCCCAGACUAUCUGUAAGAGUGCUGGGCACACAGUAGGUGAUCAAUAAACACUUGUUGAUUGAGUAA